AUGGUGUCGGAACAAACACCGCUCCUCCCGCCAGGUCCGUCCUCCGCUGCCGGGUCAGCGCCCGGCUCGGACCCGGCCGGACUACCCCUAAACAUCGGGCACCGCGGAUACAAGGCCGUGUUCCCCGAGAACUCGAUGGCCGCGUUCGAGGGCGCUCUGGCCGCAGGUGCGCAUGCGCUCGAGACGGAUUUACAUCUGUCGCGCGACGGCGUGGUGGUGUUGUCGCAUGACCCGAGCCUCAAACGCUGUUUCGGCGUCGACACCAAGAUCGCCGACUGCGACUGGUCCUACCUCUCCACUCUCCAAUCCGUGCGCGAGCCGCGCCAGCCCAUGCCCCGUCUGCUCGACCUGCUCACAUGGCUGGCCCGGCCCGAGGCCGAUCCGUCGGUGUGGGUGCUGCUGGAUAUCAAGACCGACGACGACGCGGAGCUAUUGCUGCCAGCGAUUGCGCGGACAAUUGCUUCGGUGCCGUUGCCGGGGGGUGUUAAGGGGUGGAAGGAGAGGGUUGUUGCUGGGUGUUGGAAUGAAAACUACAUCAACCACGCCCGCCUGCACCUCCCCGACCACCCGCUCGUCCUCAUCUCUUUCUCCCUGCUCUACGCCCACCGUCUCCUCUCCAACGCCGACCACCCAGACGUGCACUUCAACCUAUCCCAGUCUUCCCUCGUCGGGCCCCUGGGCGCCGCAUUCCGCCGGGCUGUGCGGGCCCAGGGGCGCCGGCUGUAUGUAUGGACGGUGAAUGAGCCGGAGUGGAUGGAGUGGGCGGUGCGCAAGGAGGUGGAUGGGGUGAUCACGGAUGAAGUGGCUAGGUUGAAGGGGGUGUUGGGUGGGUUUGAGGGUGGUGAGGGUGAUGGGAAAGGAUACAUGACGAGGAGGAGGCGUGGCAUUGGGGCGUGGCCGCGUAGGGUGAAGUUGUAUGCGAAUGCAUUCCUUUGGCAGGCUAUUGGGUUUUUGCUUACGGUGCUUAUGUGGCGCCGGUUUAGCGAGAGGGGGAAGCAGAAAGGGGGAGCAUACGCCGUGGCACUUUCGGGCACUCCACGAUGA